AUGCCCCCGACUGUGAAGCGUCGUGUCCUUGAGGACCCCAACAAUACAUGGAACCAUCAGCUCAUGCAGGCCUGUCUGCAGUACAACAUUGAGGAGGCGGAGGCGGUGCUGGCGAACGGCGCCGAUCCCGCUGCUGCGCGGGAGGAGGUGCCCUUCUACACGGAGCCGCUUCCCCCGCUCAUUGCGCUGCUGCUGCAGCAUGGCCGCUGCACCGCCGAGUCUGUGGCUAUGAUGAACUGGCUCCUCAGCCACGGUGCGAGCGCGUCGCAGUUCAUUCCGCUGCUAGGUAAGAACUUCCUGACGAACCCUGAAGAGGACGGAACGGUGCUGCACCUGCUCGUGCAGCUCGGGCAGCCGUCGCUGCUGCUGGAAGUGCUCGCGCUUGU